UGCCUUUCCCCUUUCACACUGCUUCGGAGGAAAAACGUAAAUAAAAAGAAAAAAUUACACAAAUAUUGGAUCGUGCAGAAGUUUGCAAUCUCUUGGCUUCUAUCGCACAUUUACGGAAGCCCAUCACGAUAAAUCCUUCGGGCACGGAAACGAUGUGAUGGAAUGUGUGCUUUUGUGCGUGCGGAAUAAUCGGUGGCGCCUCGAAUUGCAGUGAAGUGCGAAGAAAUCGGUGCAGGAUUACAUCUGUCACAAAUUCCUUUGGUUUUGUCGUGCGGAAGCUUGGAAUUGGCUGUAGAUUGUGCAUCGCGCAAACCUGCUGUAGUUUUUCCGUAUAAUUUACUGCUUAAAAGCAAUCCCUGUCCCAGGCCCGAAUCUAGGACAAGGUUAGUGUUUUGAUUUGGUGGAGGGGAAGAGGAAAAGUAAUCGGUGCAUCAUCAGUCACGGAAGUGGUGUAGCUGUGCGGAAGUGCGUGUUAGUAAUAGGAUGCUCAGUAGCGCAGCAGGAAAGCAGUAGCAACCUACGGAAUACGACAAUAGGUGUUGGAAAAGCGAUCUUACGAGCAGCUCUACUGCUUCCGAGAUUAAUCAUCGACAUGAUUGGUGAUGGUAAAUGAUGAGCGAUAAGCCAAAGCAAUAACAACAACAAAACACCUGACACAUCAUCGACUGGUGGACGAGACACGGAUUGUGUGUGCGUGUGUGUGUUUUUCUCUCCUCCUUCUGGUGUCGCCGACGGACGGACGGAGCUGGCUAUGCAGAUCUUUUAAUAGAAUUUGUGUGUGUUUCUUUUUAUUGCUAGUCGUCAUGUGCGCUACUGGCUCGAGCGGACGAGUCCCACUAUAAUUAUACGCGAGGUGUGUGCACUAUGUGUGUGCAGCGAUGAGCCAAAGUGUACCCGUGCCUGGUGGUGGUAUGUGCUGGUUAUGCAGGAAUUUGCUGGAUUCCUUCCAAAACCUCUUCUAGUGUUUGUGCGCGGCUAUGCCUGUGUCUGUGCGGUGAAGUGCAAGGUAUUGAACGCGCAAAAAGGACACACGCAAAGCAUCCGAAACCAAAUGUGCAUAGAAAGGGCAGCGGUGUAAACGUUCGAGGGGGCACAGGUGGUGAACGGGGGACCCGAUGAUAGGGCGGUGAGCGGCGCGGGGUCAAGUGCAAACGUGAACGGUUCCAUCAGUUUGCUUCCGGUUCCGUCGUGCAAUCGGGUCAACGGCACGCACCGAGAGGCACGAAGGGCAGGCGCGGGGCCGAGUCGUUCCGAGUGAAGGAAAAAUCAAUUGCCAAUAAUCGUACUGGCCGACCGAUUGGAGUUCACUCAUUGGUGUACGAACACAGCUCCGAACCGACCCACCACAAUGGCCUAUGGAGCGAGCGAAACGCACGACGCGCUGUGGAAGCAAAUAUUGGAGCAUCACUGGAAGUAUGUCGAGUCGGAGGAAUCGAUGCUGAAGAUCGAACUGCGGCGCGACCUAGAAGAUUUGAUCGAGAAACGAUUGGGGAAGGUGCCACCAAAUGAGAAAUUUUAUCUCGACGAUACAAGAUAUGCGUUCGACAGUUCGGUUGCACAUUUGGACGAUUUUUCGGCCUACAAAGCAUCGAUCGGAUUUGAGGCAAUCAGCCAAUAUGCCAACAAUCUGUUCGUGAAACCAUGGCGAAAGGAAUAUAAAGUGAUAAAGAUGUAUUCCGGCUUUUACCAGCACGAAAUUGCCGCCAAUCUGGUGAACGCGGAAAAACUAUUUCAAGCCAUGGGCUAUCAGCUGAUGCCGAACAAGACACUCAUCUUGGACGGUCCAAUCUGUCCCGAUCAAGUGAUGAACGUUGCGCGGGACGCUAUUACAGCGUACGUGGAAUGCCAGAUGAUGAAACGAAUUUACAGUGAACUUACUCCGCUACGACUGUCGAUAGAUUGGAUUGACAUUUACAACUUCAGAAGCUAUCAUGCUGCUGACGUAAUGCAAACGGUGAAGCAAAUGGCGCUGUCGAUACAGGAAAAGCAUCACAAAAAACAACAAGCAAAGCUAAGAGACACGUACGGCAAUAAUAGUGCGUCCGCUUUAGCGCCUGCUAGUAGCUGCAAUUCAUGCAACCCGUAUCAGUUCCAUGUGCAAAGCCAACAACCUCCCCCUGUUCCACCACCGGCCGCAGCAGCAGCCGCCGCCGCCGCCGCCACCGCAUAUUGCGGUGCGAAUGGUGGUGGGAACGGUGGCGUUGUUGGUAGUAGUCAGCUGUACAAUAGCGCUGUUGCUGGUGCACCCUGUAGUAUUCAUAGCCAACAGCAUCAUCAACAACAGCAGCAACCACCGCCGGUACCGCCACCACCACCACCAUCACAGCAGCAAAUGCCAGCAAACGCGUACGGCGGUGCAUAUCAUCCCCAUCAUCUCCCUUCUUCGCAUCAUCAUCAUCAUCAUCAUCAUCAUCAACAACAACAACAUAGUAGUUACCAGAAUUUUCAAACGACGACAACUACAUCUGCGUCGCAGCAGCAGCAGCAGCAGCAAGUUUGCGCACCAGCGCUGGGAACGAUGCCCCAUUCGAAAUCGCUCGAUCACUAUCAGGACGCGAACAGUGCGGCUGCAGCUGCUGCUGCUGCUGCCUCGGCCGCCAACAUGUACGGCAUGAGUGCGUACAUGCAGCGACACUCCAUUGAUCAACCGUACCACUACACGCUCGCAACGCCGUACGGAGGCUCGCAAGGUGCCGGUUCGUCGGCGGCCGGCAUGCAGCCAGCGUACGAGGGCGGGCCGCUCGAUGGACUGCUAUCGUGUGGUGUGGCCGGCGGAGUAGCGAACGGUCCCAGUGCCGGUGCUGUAACUAGUUGCAACAGUAACAAUCAUCCCUAUAACAAUGUUCCAGGCAGCGGACGCUACCCACCGUUGCAGUACGCUGGCACCACCAACUUCCCGAUGGGGAUACCCGGGCCCGGGCCGAUGUUUAUGAAUGGCGGGGGCCAGCUGAAACAUCACCAGAACGGAUUGGUGGACGGUUGCGGCUCGUACCGGCAUCCGGCAAUGAAUCUGGCCUAUCCCGGCUACCGUGGACCGAAUGGCAUGAUGGCCGCACCGCCUUCCUACUGUCAGCCGGUCGAUUCGUCGAUCUACGGUGGCGCACCGAUGUCGUCGGUGGCGGCUACGCAAACCGCCGCCUACGGCACGCCAUUGGUGCCCGCCCAGCCGGCAGCAUCUAUUUUGAGUGGCAAGAAAAAAGGGUACGACGAUUACGACAUGAUGUCUAGCAUGCGCCGGGGCACCGAUACGCUACGCUCCGGCAGCGGAUGUGCCAAAAAGCUGGACCGGUACCACAAAAAUGCCGAACUGCUGAUUGACUACGAGAGUGACAUGCUGCCGGAAGCGCUGGCCGAGCGAAACCAGAAGGAGCAGCAGCAGCAGCAGCAGCAGCCACACCACCACCAUCAUCACUAUUUGCACCAUCAGACGUCGCGCAACUCCCGGCAGUCGGAUUUCGAUAGCUACGAGGACGAGCAGUUGCAGCGGGAGCAGGAACAGAGCAGUAACGUUAGCAGGCGCAUCUCCAGCAAAAAUCAGGACGGUAUCGGGUGUUACGAAACGUGGAACUACGUCUACCAAAACUUGGAAAAGCAGGGCUACUCGAAGGAUUUGGGCGAGCGGGGUGACUUUCUGACGGACGAACUGGACGCCGAUGAUAAUCAUCUGAUCGGUACGGCGGCGGAGGAGGACGACCUCCGACGAAGGCGUCGUAAUGACCUGAUGACGGACGACCAUCAUGACCAUCAUCAUCAUCAUCAUUCGGGCAGAAGAGAGUCCGGCAACGCUUCCUCCAGCGCGACACUACGCCGCAACCACAACGAAAAGCUGAAAGCGAUGAAACCGAAAGCGGCCGACAAGGUCGACGGCAUAGUUCGGCAGGCUUCGGCAGGGCUUUCCUCCACGAAGCAACCGAUGGCCGAGGGGCGACGGCACGAGCGCCACCCUUCCACCGGUUCGGGGGUAACCGCCACCACCAUGCUGGUACAGAAGGCGGCGAAAAUGUCGCUCUCAAACAACGCGACGAACGACGAUCUGCUGCUGGGAAGUUUCGAGCAGAAUGGUGCGAGCAAGGGUGAGCCGCCCGCCGCCGGCAGCAGUCGGAGAAAUUCGGUGACGAAGAAACAAAUCACACCCCAGGGCUCGGGCUCGUCCUCGUCCACCGGUCUACCGGCGAAGGAAACGAACAAAACCCAUAGCUCAACGAGCACCGGGAUACUGGUCAACAAUCACCACCACAGCCACAGCGCGAACAGCAGCGGAAGCGCUUACCCGAGCCAUAGCGGCGCGCCCGCACAGGGCAAGAAGAAAACGGCCACAUUCGAUACGGGCGCGGUCACAAUCAUAAACCCCAGCCCGACCGGCUCGGGCAGUCCGUCGGGCAGUGGAGCGCCGGCCGGUGCCGAAUGGAAUUGCAAUUUCUGUACCUACCUGAACCCGGAUGUCAAACGCAUCUGUGAUAUGUGCUCCAAGAGCCGCGACUUUCGACUCGAUGGCACGACGACCGCCAGCAAUGGCACAACGGCAACGUGCGUUUGAACGCCUGCGGGGCUGCUGAAGCGGCAAGAAGGGACUUCGGAAUGGGCCCACUAAUUGUUAGAAGUUUUGUCUUUUUUUUUUAAUCCUCUGUCCAUUUGCUGGACUUUGUUCUAUGUCUUUGUUCUUCCCCCGUUUAAUGACUAUAUUUGUUACAAAUGUCUCUAACGUUGCCAUAAACAUUUUCCACUCACAGUUCGAAUCGUCCCACAAUGCUCACUGUGGAGAUUAUUUUACAUAUUUAUGUCUCAAACUUGUUGGCAUUCGUGCAUUAGCUUUGCAGGAACCAGGAUGAGCCAGAUUCUGGUGCAUGUGCAAUUUAUGCAGUCUGUUUUGCUCCCCCCGCUCCCCCCAGGACGAAUGCAACGAAAAACCACAUCGGUGGGGACAAAUGUUGAGGUCGUUUCAAAUUUUGCGUUUCAAACUACGGACACACAUAGAACUCCUUUUGUGAAGCAGCAUGCCAGCAGAUGUAAAACAAAAGAAAAAACGGGUCGAAUGGUUUAACCAAUCAUGUGAGGGGAGGGGUGUGAUGUGACGUAGACGGAAGCUUUAAAACAAAUUCGGUAGCACGUAUUCGGCCAAUAUUACGGUGUUACGGAACGGCACAGGUUAGCAGUACGACCCAACGGCUGUGCAUUAAAAAUGCCGACCAUUUGCCGCCGAGAGCUACCUAAACUAAACUAAAACAAAACUGAGAAGAAAAAAAAGUCACAAUUUGAUGAACAAAGCUGGAUAAAUGGGAUCGACAAUCGCGCACUUUUGCAUUCAUAGUUUCGGUACGCAUGGGUUUUGGGCAUGUCACAAACGGUCGGUUUCUUCACACCACACUCACCAAACAGCACCGUUUGUUGACUGUAAGGCGGCAGAGAGGGAACUAUAACUCUAAAGCAAAAACAUAAAAAAAACAGAUCAUGAAACGAUAAUGAGAUAAACUUGGGUGGACGCAACUAGAAUUGCGCGUGCGAGCCGGAAUGAGCCCCGAUUUACUGUUGAAUUAAUUUACCCUUCUAUAAUGAAAGGACUCUAAGGAAAGGAGAGGAAAGGAACCCUGCACCCGAAAUGAAUUGGAACGUACACACAGACACACGCUCCGAAACGAUACUAGUCACGCGUUAUCGCGAAACCAAGCAUGCGUUGAGAUGAAAAUGAUGGAGUGCAGCAUGAAGUGCAGGUUGUUCUGGGUUUAGGGAUGGACGGAUCGUACGAAUAGGGAAAAGAGAGAAUGUACAUCAAAACCGAUUGUUAUACACUAUUAAACGUUUAAACUAUUUUUUUAGUUUUACAUCAAUGUUACAAGAGGCAUACACAAUAUACUGCAAAUUGGAUUGAUAUUUACUGAUUUAGGUGAAAGGCGACGUGAGCGGCAAAAUAAGAGAUAAAGAACCCCCUACCGAGCACACGAGACAGGGAUUAUCCAAUUGAAGUAAGGUACAGUACACGGGAGAAGUGAAAACUAUAUGCAAAUAGGCAUCGCUAAGCAUUCUACUAUCUACAUUUUAUAGCAAAAUUUCUAAACGAUCACAACUAAUGGGAUAUCUAAAAAAAAAAACAAACAAACAAACUAAAACUAAAGACAGACGGAGCUCGUUUGCGUGCUAGAAGACGAUGGGCGGGAUACGGAUGGUAAACCAAAACUUAAUACAACCAAAUCACUAAAAAAAACAAGAGAACUUAAUUACACGGUUUGAAGAAGUGAGGCAGAAGUGAGGGUUUUAGGGCUAGAACGACAGCCGCUGCGCGCUGAGGGCAUACGAGAGAAUGAUGCAAGGAUACUGAAACUGUUUCGCAUAUUAUAGAUUUUAAUAAAACAAAAUGAUCCAUUUCUUUGUUUGCUGUUGAGAUAUA